CCGCGCGCCUUAGUGUUUCUCAGCGUCAGCUGGAGAAGUCGAGCGAUUGGUUUACGGCGUUGAUUCGUGAUUUUUAUUGGAUUACUUUUUUAGUGGAAUCGAGUCGAAUUAAGAGUCGAGUGACAGAUGAAAUGUCUUCUUCAGAGCUUUGCGACCGUUUCUCUCUUUAAUUUCGUUCUGGAUGCGUGAGAAGAGUUUAUCUGUGAAGAAACUCCAGCGUCUCCGCUCUGUUCUGUUCAGCUGUAAAUGAUCUCCAGACAUGGACGACUCAGGAGCUUCCUACUUGGCCUUUAAUGAUUUUAACAGUAAUGGCGCCGCACUGUGGACAGAGUCUCUGGCCCAUCAGGAGCGUCAGGAGGUGGAGAGCUUCAGGAGGAAACUCAAAUACUUCUUCAUGAACCCGUGUGAGAAGUACCGAGCUCGAGGCAGGAAGCCGUGGAAGCUGAUGCUGCAGAUCAUCAAGAUCGCCGUCAUUACCAUCCAGCUGGUGUCUUUUGGCCUGAGUAAUCAGAUGGUGGUGACGUUUAAGGAGGAGAACCUGAUGACCUUCAAGCACAUGUUCCUGAAAGACUUCGCCGAUCACAACGCUAAAGCCUAUGCUGUCUACACGCAGCAUGAGGUCUACACACACCUGAGCUACAUUGUACAGCAGUUCCUGCAUUUACAGAACAUCACUGUGGGGAACCAUGCCUAUGAGAAGGACGGUCAUCUCUACACUCCUCUGCUCGUCUGCCAGCAGUUCUACCACAACGGCAGCAUUUCCCCCGGCAACGAGACCUUCGAGAUCGAUGCCAAGGUGGAGGAAGAAUGCCUCGAGAUUUAUCCUGUGCAGCCGUUAUCUACUGAGGAAGACACGCAACUGAACAACUUUACACUGCAGUUCAAACGGCUGCUGGAGGUGAACGUGUACUUUACCCUGAAGGCCAUUAAUCUGCAGACUGUGCAACACCACGAGCUUCCUGACUGCUAUGACUUCAGCAUCGUGAUCACCUUCGAUAACCGCGCCCACAGCGGCCGGAUCAGAGUGGACCUGGACAACGAUGUGGACAUUAACGAGUGCCGAGACUGGAAAGUCACAGGAGCCUCCCCUAAGAACAUCUACUACACAGUUCUGUUCGACGUGGUGAUCAUCCUCACCUGUCUGGCAUCUCUGGUUCUCUGCACACGCUCAGUCAGCACCGGAGUCCAGCUGCAGUUUGAGUACACCACUUUCUUCCUGAAGCAUUAUGGGAAGCGAGUGUCUUGGUCCGACCGCAUGGAGUUUAUUAACGGGUGGUACAUCCUCAUCAUCAUCAGCGAUGUCCUCACCAUCACCGGCUCAGUGCUCAAAAUUGCCAUCCAGCUCAAGGCUUUGACAAGUUACGACAUCUGCAGCAUCCUCCUGGGAACUGGCACCAUGCUGGUGUGGGUCGGAGUGCUGCGUUACAUGGGCUACUUUAAGAAAUACAACAUCCUGAUUAUCACCCUGAGAGCUGCAUUUCCCAACGUGAUCCGUUUCUCCUGCUGCGCUGCCAUGCUCUACCUCGGCUACUGCUUCUGUGGCUGGAUCGUACUCGGACCCUACCAUGAGAAGUUCCGCACACUGAACACGGUGUCCGAGUGUCUGUUCUCCCUGAUCAACGGAGACGACAUGUUCGCCACCUUUAAGAACAUGCAGCAGAAGAGUUACCUGGUGUGGCUGUUCAGUCGUGGUUACCUGUACACCUUCGUUUCACUCUUCAUUUACAUGGUGCUCAGCCUCUUCAUCACCCUGAUCACCGACACCUACGAGACCAUCAAGCAGCAGCAAUUGGACGGAAAUCCUGUGUCUGAGCUCCAGGUCUUUAUAUCGGAGUGUAAAGAUCACCCGAACUCGGGCUGUUACCGUGUGGAGGAGCGAUCGUCUCCCUGCCUGUUCUGCUGCACCCGGAGGCUCAGUGACCUGCACGAGAGACUGGAGUGUUAAACACGGGCACGGCGACGUGGAUCACACAGAACAUAAUUCAUUUGAGUUUAAUUCCAUCCGUCAUCUAAACGCAACACACAGGUGAUGAAGGAUGAAAGAAUGUCCCUGAUGUUUCAGUCACUUUAUUUCAGCAGCUCAGACACACCGUAUACCACUGGUACCUGGGGAUAUACUCGAUGUAUGUGAUAUUCACUAUAAAUAAGAAAUUAAGCCCAUUUGUUUUUGCAGUCUGCUUUAUACGCUGUGUGUUUGAAUUUCCACUGAACGAUUUCUUGCUAUUAAUAAAUUAAAUUUGAGAGAUUUCUGAAAUGCUCAGUGUUCAGUCUCUACAUCUGAAGGAAAGCUAUUUCUAAUAUGUUCAGGUGAAGGAAAUGAAGCUGAAAUCCUGACUAAGAGUUAUUUUAAGAAUCUGAAUUGAUAGUCAUUUAAGAAACACUUUUAAUGUUGCAAUGAAAAUCUUCAAAUCUGUAUGAUGUAAUAGACACAACAGUUAGCUUUAAUGCUAACAAACAGGUUGUUCAUUGUCAUGUGAUGUUGCUGUUUCUGCUCUGUUUAUCUGAUUGAGGUUUUUCUUUUAAUUUACUUCAUUCUGUUGUGUCUGGUAUUGCUGAAGAAGUCUUCGCCCAAAGAUAAAACCACAAAUUAAACCACAAAAAUAUGAGCAACGUUUUUAAACAAUGGCGUAUACAUUUUUUGGCAUUACCAAAAAAAAAGGCUACCUACUUCAGAUUUAACAAGUUAUAAUUGUAGAAGAUCUGAAUUUUUCAUGAAGAAGGACUUUGCAGUUUCUCAGUAGCAAUAAAAAAAACUUAUAAGCUGUGUUGUUUUUUUCUUAUUACCUUCGAGAGAGAAUAAAGAGAG